AAGAUUGAUUCUUGCAAGAGAAGGACGCAGAGGAAUUAAAAAUGGAGAAAGGUAGGUUGUUGAUUACUGUGAUGAGUUUGCUAAAUUUGCUGCUGCAAAUCAAAGCGAUUGAGAAACCCCAGUACGAGGUAAUACACAAAGAAUCGGAUUUUGAAGUGAGAUUAUACCAUGAAUCCACAUGGAUGACUGGCCCUGUUUCUGAAAUUUCAUUUGAAAAAGCUACCUUGGACGGCUUUCACAGAUUGUUCCAGUUCAUUCAAGGUGCCAAUCUAAAUUGGACGAGGAUUCCAAUGACUGCGCCUGUUGUGACUAGCAUAGUCCCAGGAGCCGGUCCCUUUAAGUCGUCGUCCUACUAUGUUUCAUUCUAUUUACCGGUGAAAUUCCAAGCCGAUCCGCCCAUCCCUCUCCCCGUAUUGCACCUGAAACCUUAUACGUGGGGCAGUCAUUGUGUUGCUGUGAGGACAUUCUCAGGAUUUGCAAAGGAUGAUAACAUUAUCAAACAAGCUAAAGAGCUUGCGGUCAGCUUGAGCAGGUCUUCGUGGGGAAACACGAGUGCUGCAGAAAGUAAAUAUGGCUACUCCAUUGCUCAGUAUGAUGCUCCGUUCCGUUUUAUUGGGCGCGUCAAUGAAGUUUGGGCUGAUGUUGGUGCAAAUGGUGUAGAUGGUUGUGAAAAUAGCAAAAUAGCAACUUACUGAAGUAUAGUUGAAUCACCAGUUUCCCAGUUUAGUUCUUUGAUUGCUGUAGUGUGUAUUUACAGGUCUGGUGAAGGUAAAUUUGCAGUUAAUAAAGUUUCCUGUCUGUAUGUA